AGUAUUGUAUUCGUGGCAGUGAAAGUUUGGGAGUUGCAAAAAAAUGGUCCCACACGGGGCACUGCCUCCGCCACGUGGCGUGAUCCUGUUAGACUACAACGCCGACGUGAGUAACCGAAACUGAAAAACCUAAACGAAAUUAAUAAAUUAAUUAAUUACUGAGUGAAGAUGAGAGAACGUCGGCGAGGAAGCAUUCAUUAUAAACAAGGAGUAGUAGAUAUCUGAGCGAGAGAUCAUUCACGUGCCUUGCUCUGUUUUUUCGAUUUGGCGUUUCUGUAUUUUCCCUUUUCCCACACGAUUUCGCUUUUUCUUCUGGUUUGUGUUUGUUUGUGGGAAAAGAUUCUGUGCGGUUACGUUUUGUUGACGGUGGGCGUUGUAUAUAAGACUGGAGGGUUUUCUUUCUGGUUUUACCACAGCUUACCAAGAUUCUAGAGAGAGAAUGGAAGGAGGAAAGCAAUCAGGUUCUUCACUUGCCUCUGAUCUUUUUGGGGCCAAGGAUAAGGAUUCUUCCGCCGCCUCUUCGUCUUCUGGGAUUUUCGGUUCCUUGUUUCCGCCGCCUCCAAAGGUUGUGGGAGGGGAAUGGCACUACUAUUCUGAGACAGAGAAGAAGAUUCCAAAGGCAGAUAGAAAUGGCGAAGACCAAAAGGCCAAGGAGGAGCAGCAGCAGCAGCCCUUUCACUACAGCUCCUCAAUAUACUACGGCGCUCAGGAUGUCUAUUCUCCACCCAAGACCGAGGCUGAGGCUGAGGCCGAGGCUGCUCAGACUACUUUCAACAAAGAUAACGGACAAGACGACUCCACCACUGCUUCACGAGGGAAUUGGUGGCAGGGCUCUCUUUACUAUUAAUAACACCUAAAUACCAUAUAAUACUUAAUUAGGCAUAAAUAUUUAUAUAAUAUAUAGGCAGUUGAUCCUGAACUUUUAUAAUGAAGAAAGGAGAUGCUUGGCGACAGAUUAUAUUUAAAAAGUCAGCCUCUCUUGGCCACAGUCAAUAUUUGUAACUGUAGCCGAGUAAACUUUCUUCCCCUUUCUUAAUUUCUCUUAUCAUUUCGGGGAAAUAUAAAUAUUAGCUAGUUAUAAUAGCUUUGAUAUUCCUUGUAAUCAAGUUCUGGGAAAUAUAAAUGUUAGCUAAUUAUAAA